AUGCGUCAGCUUCUCUUAUCGCUAUUGUUAACAGUUAGCGUUUUUGCAAACAUUCGUGAGUUUUUGAAUCAACAAAAUGUUAAAUAAACUUCAAAAUUCCAGCGCAAUGUCCUACGGGAAGUGUUCAAUUUCCAACGAAGAAUAUUUACAAAGGCUAUUGGCCAAACGACGAUUUUUCAGCGACACAGCCCAUUGAUCACAAUACUAUGUGUACAUUGAAUGUGAGUUCAAAAUAAUCACCGAAAAACAACUUUUUUUAAAGUUUGGAGCAGUACCUGCUAGGCCUCUAUACGUGUAUUACAAUCUCUACAACAUCGAUUCGGGUUCGAUUUCAGCGAAUGGCGUCGAAAUGAACCUUGGGUAAGUUUUCUGGAAAAUCAAAAAAAGAAAAUGAGAAAAAUGAGCGUUUCCUCAGUUCUUAUUGAGUUCUUCUCUCAUUAAAUAUUUCCUAGCACAGAAAAAAAAAGUCGAGCGGUCUCGUGAAGCUUUUUGUUUUUCGGUAAAUUAUAAAUUGGUUUCUUUAGAAGAUCUUUUGAGGAUCAAUCAUUCUUCAAGAAAAAGCAUGUGAGACUACUUAGCACUGUGGAAAAAUCUUCCAAUUUUUCUCUAUUCCGAAAAAACUCAAGGGACAACUUAGCAUAACAAAGAAAAACCUACAGAUACCACCACAAUUUUUGAUAGUUUUUUCUAAAAAUAAUUUUAAAAAAUAAUCAAAAACCUAAAAAUUUCAGACUAGUAGGAACCGCUCAAAGAUUCUUGUCCACACCUUGGAACCUCGAUUUGACGAUCAAAGGCUACAUGCAGAAUACCACAAAUAAUGGCUUUGAAAUCAAGUAUUCCUACGAUGAUCAAUGUAAUCGGGCUCAGAAAAAUGUGAAAAAUAUGGAUUUGAAGUGACUGCUCCUCAUCCGCUUUUCCCGAUGAACGUUGGUCCUGGAGAGUUCUACCAAAUCACCUAUCAGUUCCUGUCAAACAUUUUCAGCUUUGAGAUUAUGGGCAAUACUACGACUCUUCGUGAGUAUCUUACUGAAAUUUGGAAAAAAAAGAACAUUUUUCUACAGAACCCAAAGAAAUCUUGCUCACAGUCCUGUUCCUGGCCUAUACCAACGACACGGACGCCAACUACAGGCCUCAUGAUCAAUUUGUGAUCUACCACGAAAAUAGUCCAAAAAUUUCGUAAGUUUAUUUUUCUUAUCUCUCAUAAACAUUCAUCAUCUCAGAGGCCAUCAGAUCGUGUACCAAAACAAGGGAGUUUAUACUCUAAUUGAUCAAAAUAACACGUGCUAUUGGGGCGUCACCGAGACGUUCCAUCCAAAUCUCGUCGUCUAUGGAUACAAACGUGAGAAAAUUUGAAAAAGUCAAAAAAAAAAAUGAAAUUGAAAAAAAGAAGUGUGUACAGUGCACGGUUUGCAAAAGGGGCGAGGCUUGUGCAAAUAAGCUUUUAUGCCGUGUUCAAAGUAAUUUCCGCGAAAUGCAAAAUACCCGUUAGAGAAAGGAAAAGAUCACUAAAUUUUGGAGAGUCAGAGAUCAUUUUGCAUUUCGCGGAAAUUACUUUGAACACGGCAUUAGGGAGUUCGCAAAAAAAAAUUGAUGGUAUGAAAAAAACACCAGCAAAAAUUCAAACGGCGACUUUUCCGAUUUUUUCAUAUCGCUACAGAACUUUCCGACGGCCACCUUUCCGACGAAUUUUUUUUCGACUUUUUUUCUCGAUAAAAUCUUCGUUUCAAAUCUUGCUAUAUAAAGGAGGUAGGUUCAUGAUUAAAACACAAAGAAAUAGAAAAAAAAAAUUUUUGUAGAUGUUUUAUAAACGGAAAAACAUAAGGGAAAAAAGUCGGAAAGGGAUCCGUCGGAAAGGUGGCCGUCGGAAAAUUCCGUAGCGAUACGAAAAAAUCGGAAAAGUCGCCGUUUGAAUUUUCGCUGGUGUUUUUAUUCGUACCACCAAAAAAUUAAAAAAUUUGAAAAUGCAUUUUGGAAUUUUAUGAUGUAAAAUGAUGUCUAUUUUUCGAGUUAUGUGUAGCAAACGGACAAUUUUUCAGGACCCAGUAAUGGGAAAGUGGUCGACUGGAGUCGGUACAAUACAAAAGCGUGGGAGGCGAAAAAUUAUCAAAUAAAAUCGGAUAGUCGGCAAAUUUACGUCUUUUUGCGUGUAACCACACUCGUCAAGGGAGUGAUCUCCAACGUCGUUUUUGGUUAGUUUUUUUAUUGCUUCUGAUCGCAGUUAUAAAUAAUCGAACCGUAACAAUUUUUAAAUAAAAGAGUUCGGUAAUCCUAAAAUUUGAAAAAUAUGCUGUUCAGAAUGGCGGCUCUCUAAAAAUCUACAAAAAAAUAUCGCCGAAGUUCUGGAUGAUGGAACCGUCAAUGGAACUCUUGUAGCCACUUAUAUGUCAGUUAAUCCAAUCAAGCAACAAGAAUUUUAGAGCCAAUCAAGUACCAGUGGCUCCAGUCAACUAUGAAGACACCUCCUACACGUUUUUGGUUGAAAAUGGUGCGUUGAAACAUUUAUUGCUAAAUAAUUACAAAAAAUUUCAGGUUCCGUCUCUUUUGACCUCUCUGAAACGGCUCCGCCCAUUCCACCGGCAACUACAGUAGCCCCAAGUACUGUCCAUCAUCCAAAAAGUACAACUGCACCUGGAAUCAUCCCAACAACAACGAGAACAUCCCAUAAGAGCAAUUUUUUCAAUUCGUUGUUGAUUUUACUAGCCUAUUUUAGUCUUUCGCGCUGAAUUUUUCAAUUUUUCUCUGCCAUAAAUUUGUAAAUUUUGGAGAGGAAGAGCAAAAAAUUUUGAAUUCGAAGCUGAUUAUUUUUUUUAUUUUUUGCACUUUCUCUAAGUUAUUUUUGCCGAUAGGAAAAGUAAAGGCGAAAAAUAAAGAAAAUUAAAAAAAUCGCCUUGAAAGGUGCACGUGGAAUAGCUCUUUGAAAUAACUAUCAAGACUCGGACCUUGGUAACGCGAACGGGAUGCGAAACGGACGUGUCGGUGCAUUUCUAGUGACCACUUUAGUAGCCUUAACGCUCUUAAGUGAUCCCUUGAAUCGCCCAGAAACGUCCGGAGCACGUCCGUUUCGCGUUACCAAUGUCCGAGGAAGUACAAAAAAAGAAACUGAAUGAAAUUUUCUGAUGUAAAACGAGCAAAUUUUUGCGGUUUUCAGUCUAAGAGCAGGAAAGCAUGUAAAAUAAUUAAGUUAUGAUCAGAGAAAUAAUGAAAAUCAAGGAAAAAUGGUAAAAAUUGAUUGAAAAAUAGUGAAAUUCGCAAAAGUACUUUAUCUCUUCAGUUUUUAGCAGGAGAAGUGUUUUUUUUCAGGUUUCUCAAGCACUUUUUAUCAUACAUCAUCCUUCAAAUCACAUCUGAUUACAUUUUUGAAUAUGUAAAGGUUGUAAGUGACCGCUUCAGGGACCACAGAUCAAAAACUUUGAAGAUUUUUGUUUUGCGUUUCGAAGUGUACAGAAUAUAUUUUUGCGCUUAGUUUUGAUUUUCAAUCAUUGUUCUUACUUAGGGGAACUUUCAACCCAAUAAUAAUAUACUUAGAAUUAUUGAUCAUUAUAACGAAUUUUUUUGGCGAAAAAAAUUUUUUUCAAUAACUUUUUCAAAUCCGAGAAACCUUCUGUUCCUUCAAAGUGUAGUCAAAAAAAUGAAAAGCUGGAAAAAUUUUAUAUCAAAACAAUAGUCUUUUAAGGAACGAAAUGGACCUGGAAAGGCAGAUCCUUCCGUUGGUCGCUGGUCUCCAAGAUCGGAGGGAACUGCGUUGAGGCUUUAAGGUUCUUUUUAAAUAUCUAUUAUUAUUUUUUUAUGUGUUAAAAAAAUUAAAAAGAGAGCCUGAUUUAAAAGGGAAUGGAGAAAAAUUAGCCCCUUGAGACGAAAAAAGUCGGACAAACUUACCGGCUUGCAUAAUUUAAAAUGUUGAUUCGAUCGAAUUUCCCAUGCUGGUAAUUAAUUUUUUUUUUCAUCCAGUUUCAAUUGUACCUGCCUUUUUUGUAUUCACUUUUGAGUUUUGAAAGAGGAAAAUACGUGGAUUUCUUGAAUUUUUCAGAGUAAUGGAAGGAAAGUUUGUCAAAUUCUUUGGAGUUUGUACAAAAAUUAAGUUCAGAUGA